AUGUCUGGCCUCGAUCCCAAGGGCCCGUCGCAGCCCACGCUCAACCAGGCGUACACCACACCCGGAAACCCAGUCGAGCAGAACCCAGCCGAACGCGCUCAAGCUUCCUUCAACGCCGCCGACAACAGCGCCAGUGUCGACCAGCGCAUCCCCACCAAGCAAGCAACCGACGCGCAAGGCCUAGAGAACGCAAAGGCACCUGGAGGCGGCCGACACGGCGCGCCACCAGGCGAAGAAGCCCAGGGCUUGACCGAGGAGGAUGUUGGCAGACACAAGGAGCUAGACGGCGAACAAAUGGCCGCACCGGGAGAAGGCAAGGUCGCUGCUGCAGUAGCAAAGGGUGGAAAGGGUCAGGGAGGAGGUGGUGCUGAGCCUGAUUUGGCGUCGGACCUGGACAGGAAAAAGGCAGAACAAGCCGACGCCCGCAACGCCAUCAAGCAAGAGCGACAAGACAACUUCGAAGCCGGCGGCGCAGCUGGACAACAAGGAGGGCCGGCGAAUCCUGUAGGCAAGGGUAACUAUCCCAACAGUGGAUCGGGAUAA